AUGGACGACCAAAAUGCGUCCAUGUACCCGCCGAUCCCCGACGCGGCUGGUCUGAUGCCGCAAGCCUACCCAAUGCCACCGAUGCAAAUGCCGCAACAACUCCUACCGCACCAGCUCGCGCCGCAACAAGUCGUGCCGCCGCAAAGCAUGGGACAGCAAUUCCGCACUUCCGACUCACCUGCAUCCGAGCCAUCACGAGCAUCAGCACAGGCGAGCAGCAAAGCCGGCCAGCAACCGAAAAAGAACCAAUAUCCUUGCCCCAUGGCCAAGCAGGUCGGCUGCACCGACUUCUUCACCACUUCCGGACACGCGGCCCGCCACGCGAAAAAGCACACUGGCAAGAAAGACGCGUUUUGUCCGGAGUGCAACAAGGCGUUCACGCGCAAGGACAACAUGGAGCAGCACCGAAGGACGCAUCAGAAUGGUCGUGGUGCGUCGCGAGCGUCCAACGACGAUUCCAAGGUUAAGAAGCCUGCGAAGCAACCUGCGAAGAAGACUACGGCCAAGCCAGAGCCACAUCUCGAGAUGGCUUUGGAGCAGCAGCUAGCCGAGCAGGCGCAGCAAGUACAAACCGUUGCGCAGGCGGUUCGGGAACAGGAUAUCCAGCAGGCUGUCACUCAGCAAGCAUUAGCAGAUGCUAUGCUCGUACCUGCAGCUGGCCCAUACUUUCUCGGUGGCAUCGACACGGGCCCGAUCCCAGCUCUUCCAAUGCCUCUGGCCGACAUGAGCAUUCGGCCACCCCUCCAUCGAUCCAGCUUCGCCAACUCUCUCGAUUUCGUGCCCCCAGUCGCACCAAUGGUCGAUCCGGAUACCCUACACUAUUCAUACCCAUCGCCGAAUGGUCUCACCAACGGCCUCAACAGCCUAGCCCUGGCUGCGAGCGAGCAUAGCCGCAGAUCAGAGCACGCUUCAUCUCCUUCCGACAGCGCGCAGCAAACAAGGAGUCCAUCGAUCGAGACGCCACAGCGCGAGACUCCGUAA